UGAAUUUUCCAUACAAAACAAAUGAAACACUGAACAAUGAUCUGGUAAAAUAAUAAUGAAAAUUAUACAAUUCGUUAAGAAGAGUGGACUUAGAAUAUAGACAUCACAAUAUACACAUGAAAUCACUUUCACACUCCAGCACUUUAGGUGGCGGUGUGGCGACCCGCCAGUAAAUCCAAGAAGAAGAAGAAACUAAAUCAAUCAGACUGAUACAAAUAAUGUUAUUUUUUUUUUAAAUCAAAAUUCAAACGCACAUAUAAACUGCGUGUUUUUAUAAAGUCAGUCGGACUGAACGUCAAAACAUCCUGAAAAAAAAACGACGUUCUCAACCUAAAGGAAGCGGAAAUUUUGUGUUGCACAUUUUAUAUUUUGCAUAUUGUACAUAUUUCUCUUUAUAUCUGUCUUGUCUUGUUCGUGUUGCACUGUAGAGUUUUUGUCACUAAAACAAAUUCCUCGUAUGUGCAAACCUGGCAAUAAAGUGAUUCUGAAUUUGCUGUGACGCAAUUUGCAUAUUGGGCGGCAAAAUUUAUAAAAUGCGUUAAUGCUGCACAUGUCUGAAAUAGAUAGUCGCGGCCGCGCCAUUAACUGGAAAUCAUCCUAAAACGAACAGGUACGUGUUCAUCCGUUUUCAUCCAUGUUAUUCGAAACAAUAAUAUCAAACUUUUUCAUGAUGUCGGUUGAUACUAAUGUGUUAUAAUGACAGAAUGCACGAUUUUAAGCCUAAACGAGAUGACCGCGUCAUUAAACCGCAAACGAGCAAAUAACUGUUAACUUCACUCAUCUAUUCAUUUGCAUCAAUGUAAUUAGAAACAAUAUUAGCUAACAGUUUUAUUAUAUGGGUUGAACGUAAUGUGUUAAUGGAAGAUUGCACGAUUUUAAGCCUAAAAUAGAUGACCGCGCCAUUAACGUUAACUGAAUUAAACAGCAAAAGAACAACUUUUCCGUCCAUUUGCAUCAGUGUGAUUAGAAAUAAUUUUAGCCAACUGUUUUUUAUGUCGACUCAUACGGAUGCAUUUAUGACAGACUCCACGAUUUUAUGUCUGAAAGAGAUCACCACGCCAUCAGAAUUAAACCUCAAACGAACAGGUAUGUGUCCAAGUUUGCACUUGUUUGUUAGAGUUUAAUAAAGAUUUAACUCACUGUACUACUAUCAUCUUUGCACUCUGUGUUUGGUCUUUGGUUGCUAGAAUGGUAUGGUUGUAUGGCCAAUAAUUUUUAGUUAUUCAUUUGUUUCUUUCAGAACCACACACAUUGUAUAAACUCCAAUAAGUAACCAGUACAUAAAUCCACCAAUAGAAACCAGUACAGUCCCUUUGAAGGAAAAGUCCACGUUUUUUUUUUAAUUGUCAUUUUAUAACUUGCCUAGAGAAAAACACAAGUUUGACUAUUUUUGAGUUCAGCUAAUCUCUGGGUCUGGCCGAGGCACUUUUCUUUAAAUCAAAGUAGCAUCUUGCUCAAAAAUGUUUUAGUACACUGUAACUACAGAAAUGUGAAGCUUUACAUUUUAAUUUAAAAACAUUUAAAACUCAUUGUUUUUUCUCUAGGGAAGUUGUAAAAUUAGCCUACUUCCAAAAACGGGUAAUAUUGCAAUAUAAUUAAUACAGCAAUAAUGUUGUCAUAACACAUGAUUUGUAACAUUAGAAUAUGGCAACACUGGUGAUGCACGUGCCUUGUUGACGCUAAUGUAUUUGACAGAAUGGCAGAUUAAUACCUGAAAGGGAUCACCACGCUAUCAACUGAAUUGAACGACAAAUAGAAUGCACAAAUUUUAUGAAUGAAAGAUCACCACGCCAACAACUCAAAUCAAACCUCAAACAAACAGCAUGGAGCAAAUAAGAGUCUCCCUUCUUUCUGAGGUUAAGAAGAAGAACAACAACGAGCAAACUCUGAGAAGAUUAAUGGACCUAUCAUUUGCAUUGAGAAGACAAGAGGUUGUCAAAGAAUCUCUACUUAUUGUUGACUUUAUGAGCAGAUGGCCAGCUUUGUUCCAUGAAAAUGAGGUUUGUGCUGAAUUUGCAUGGAUAACAACUGUUGCCUUAAUUUCAAAAUUCUUCUCAAAGCUUGAUGAACACACUCCAAGUCUUCUGAGGAUAUUUGCAAAGAGAGGUGGAGCUCAAGGGCGAAGGAUAAAGAAACUUCUUGUACCACUUACAAAGUGUGCCUGCAUUAAUGUUAAGAGGGAGCGUGUCCUCAAAGCCCUGUUUGUCUACCGAAAUGAGGAUUCUGACAAUCUCAUCAAGGAGUACAUGGAUGUUGAUUUUUCCAUCGCUGAAACUGCACUCAAAGAAGUGGUGAUGGGCGUUUUUGUCAUAAGAUGUGAAGGAGGUGAAGGAUGUGAAGAUGAACCUGUGGACGUUGGAGUAGUUCUUGAAGGAGUGACAGCACUAGAAGGGCUUGGUAAUAGUAUGGGACAGCAACAAUCUCGCAGAGAUAAAGUGAGGGUGUUGAGUGGCAAGAGGCAGGAGGCCAGGAGAGACCGGAGAAAGAGACGAGACGAAGAAGUUUCAGAGGUUUGCCUCUUUCUUCUCUUGUAUGUCUCGUCCUGUUCUGUAGAGAACAAUGAUCAUCAGCAGCCUCCUGCCAAUGUUCCUGAAGUGCUUUCCGCUGCUGAGGACCAGCCUCGAGAUCUGGACGGUCCAGUCAGUCCAUCAGCAGAUGAGAGGGCACCACAUCUGCUGAAACAGCUGGACUGUGAUGAGAUUACAAGGGUUUAGGAAAUACACCAUUGGCAAGAAGAUGGGGGAAGGAACAUAUGGCUCUGUGUAUGAAGGGACCUGCUGUGAGGACGGCCUUCAGGUGGCUGUGAAAUUCACAAAGACUGAGCCAUACAUACACAGCAACGAGCCG